UUUCACACACUGGUGGUGAAGUUGAGCCCCUCGCAAGAAUUCUCCUGGCUAUGUCCGCCAUCUGGAAUGUCGAGUCACUUCCUCUGUCUGCCCUGCGCUCUAACAGGGUUGUCCUCUGCCUCUCUGCUCCCUCCCUCUGCUCUGACAGCACUCUGAAGAACCGCUGGAGACCACACCAGUGCGAACGGGACUCUACUGACAAGACACACGAGCCAGCACACAAACAUACAGCAUGAAAGUGAGACCCCCGGAGCAGCCCCCAUCCAACUUCAGAGACACACUCUAAAUGGAAUCUGGGCCUGGAAGAAGCAAAGACAACUGCAGGCAUCAGCUGAACUUUUUGGAGGUUGUUCCUUUUCCCUUAUAUGGCAACAGAGCUGGGAAAUCAUUUGAAUUAGUCUGGUUUUUGUUGCAUGCCUGUCUGGUUUUAGUGCUGACUGAGUUCCAUCUGGUAUGUUUCUGUCUCUGCUGUGUGUUCGUGUGUGAGUGUGUGGGCCCCGUGUGUGCGGCUUGAUUUGUUUGUUUUGCCAUUCUUGGUUCUUCUUUUCCCGUUGUUUGCAUGUGGGGUUUUUGUUUUGGGACAAGAGGAGGGCUUGUGUUUGUGGUUCAGCUACAGGCUCCGUCAUUGCCUCAGGGGUGGCUGCCUCAUUCACACUGUGCAGCACCUCUCACUAUUUUUCCUCUACCUCUCGCCCUCGCGCUGCUGUGAUGGUCUGUGUUUGUUGGAGCAACACACCCACCUGGGCGCAGCUACUUGCAAGCAAAAACUGAAACAGGGUCUCUCUACUCACGGAUAUUAUCGGAAAACUGGACUGGAGCUUCUGUCAAGGAGCAGUCUAUUGUUAGAGUGGACUAACCUCACAAUCAGCCGGAUGUUUCUUCUUUAUUCCUCCACUCAACAGGAUGUGUGACCCAGAAGGAACCAACCAGGACCAGGAAGUGGUAGUUGGUAUAUACAAAGUGAUGGCUUGUCUGCUUGACACUUUGACCAGCAAGAAAAGGAUCAUGGGAAAGUUGUAAACCCUAAGGUCGACCACUCAACACACUCUGGCGCUGACAACUUGACUGACAGCGUUAUGCCAUCUAAGCAAGUCAGACAGUAAAUCUUAAAGGCUACAUUUGUGUUACGUCAAGUUCAUCACCUCAUGUGGAUUAUUUUUAUGAACAUAUCUCCCGUCAUUGAUUGCCAUGGCUACGGCGGCAUGGUAUCAUCGUGACAUCAGCCGUGUGCAUGCUGAGGAUCUGCUGGCACGGGCAGGGAGGGAUGGCAGCUACCUAGUGAGAGACAGUGAGUCUGUGCCAGGAGCCUAUGCGUUGUGCCUGCUGUUUCAACGUCAUGUUCACACCUAUCGUAUUCUUCCUGAUGCAGACGGCCUUCUAGCAGUUCAGACGACACAGGGGGUGCAGGUGAACUGUUUCCGGACAGUGGAGGAUCUCGUGUUGGGGUACCAGCAUCCGCACAAGGGCCUGGUCACUCCUCUGCUCUACGCUGUUCCCCGGGAUUCAGACACUGGGGAUGAGAGCUCAGAUGAUGAGAAGCCGGCUCCAGUUCCUGGCCCUGUCCACACCGCACCUUCCACUGGACCACCAGCAAAACCAGCCCCUCAUACCCUGUUCCUGGAUAAACUGCAGGAGGUGAACACAUCCAGUACUGCAGGGGAGGUGAUCGGUCUUCUCAAUGACUACCUCUUCAGUGAGCUGCCUCUUGACAUUGAGAACGUGCACAAAGGUGCAACGACGCUGUGCCACCUCAAGCGUACUCUGGGUACUGCGUGCCAAGGCUUAAACAGUGAGAUCGACCUGACUCUCUCAAGUCUGGAAACCCUGGCAAAUGUCUUUGACCAUCCCAGCUGCUCUUUAACAAACACCAAAGCACAGGGCCAAGAGAUGGAGAUAGACAGCGUGUUGUUUAAGAUUUCAGCUUUGGUCAGCCUCCUUUCUUCAUUGGAGAAAAAGGUACUGAAAGCAUUACAAGAUGCAGUGACCAAUCACAAUCUGGCAGUGCAGCCGAGCCCGCCCCCUCCUGAACCGACACCCAUCAUCGUAACCUCCGUCAAGAACCAGGCCAGACAGCUGCCAGUCCACUCCUUUCAGGUGAAGAUGGUGAGGUAUGGCAGACAGACGGUUUCUGUGGACGUGGACACAGGAGUGCUGCUCUUUGACAGAAAGGCUGGUUCAUUUGGUAUAGAGAGAGUCUCACAUGACAGAAUCUUUCAGAUUGUCAAGUUCCAAAGCAGUCCGGCCAAGGUACGCAUGGUGGUGGACAGCCACCACAACACACCACGGGAGAUGACGUUUGAGAGUGCACGGAAACGCGACGCCUUCUGCCAACUCCUGCAGCUGAUGAAAACCAGACACUCUCAUCUGAGUGAACCUGAUGUGAUCUCUGUGUUCGUUGGCACCUGGAACAUGGGUGGUUCCCCUCCUCCUCGCAGCCUGCAGUCGUGGGUGACCUGCUGCGGUUUGGGACACACCCCCGACGCCUCCACUGCCUUGCUCCCUCAUGACAUCUACGCCUUGGGGACUCAGGAAAACCCUCAGGGGGAGAGAGAAUGGACUGAACAUGUCAAAACAACUCUUCGCAGCUAUACUCACAUCGACUACAAACAAGUGGCAGUACAGUCCCUCUGGAACAUGAGGCUGGCUGUGUUUGUGAAGCCGGAGCACGAGAGUCGCAUCAGCCAUGUGAACACGGCCAGUGUGAAGACUGGCCUGGGAAACACUUUGGGAAACAAGGGAGCAGUCGGUGUGUCUUUCCUCUUUAACGGGACAUCUUUUGGGUUUGUUAACUGCCACCUGACCUCUGGCAGUGAGAAAGUCCUAAGGAGGAACCAGAACUUUGUGGACAUUCUCAGGCUGCUCUCUCUGGGGGACAAACAGCUCGGGGCCUUUGACCUCAGCCUGCACUUCUCCCAUCUCUUCUGGUGCGGAGACCUCAACUACAGACUCGACUUGGACGUACAGGACAUCCUGAAACAUGUUUCUAAGAGGGAGUUUGAGGAUCUCAUGUGUGCAGACCAGCUGACCCGAGAGAGACACAAGAGGAAGUCCUUUCUCAAUUUCAAGGAAGAGAAGAUUGCGUUCCCACCCACCUACCGGUAUGAGCGGGGCUCCAGAGACUGCUACCUUUGGCAAAAGUACAAAACCUCAGGAGUACGAGUCAAUGUGCCAUCGUGGUGUGAUCGGAUUCUGUGGAAGUCUUACCCAGAGACACACAUCUUCUGCACAGCGUAUGGUUGCACGGAUGACAUCUUCACCAGCGAUCACUCUCCUGUUUUUGCCACGUUCCAAGUGGGAGUCACAUCACAGUUCAGCUCCAAAACAGAAACAAAGUCAGGCGUGGAGAGGGCCUGGAUAGAGCUUGAAGGCAUCGAGGCCAUUGUGAAGACGGCAAGCAAGGCCAAAUUCUUCAUUGAUUUUCAUUCUCCUUGCAUCGAAGAGACACGGCGAUCAAGUGAGAAUGACUCACAGAGCUGUGAUGUUCCCAGAUUUCUCAAACUGGGCUGGUCCUUCAAACAACUGCCAAAGCUUUUUCCAAUCAAGUCUGACAUGGAGUAUCUUCAGGACCAGCACCUGCUGUUGUCUGUCAAGUCAUGUGACGGAUUUGAGUCAUACGGGGAAUGCUGUGUGGCUCUGCGCUCACUCACCGGUGCAUCUGAGCAGUUCGAGACCUUUCUGAGUCACCGAGGUGAGGAGAUGGGUUCGAUAAGAGGACGCGUCAGGGUUCAUGUGCCCAAGGAGAGACGGGGAACACGGGAGAAGACCUAUGAGUGGUUCUCCUUUGAGAAAAAUGACAAAGGUCUUGCCAGAGGACACAUGUCUCCUGCAUCUACACAUGUCCCAAUAAACAGGUCUUUGGCAGUUCCUCCUAAACUCACUGCAAGCAGCUACACCAACCCAGCCUACUUCAUCUUUGAAGGUGUGUCAGUGACACGCAGGGUGGAGGAGGCUCUCCCUCAGCUGAGGGACCCUCAGGUCAUCUGGUCUGGAAAUGAGGCCUUGCAGCUCCCAAAAAUCUCAGGACGUCAGGGCUUCGACAGAAGACCCUGUCGCAGAUCAGACUUUACAGAGAUUGAAAUUCCAGCCAUCCCACCCCAGUACACUCCAACCACUGACCAUCAUACACCCCAAACCAACUCCUCCUAUCAGCUCUUCCCAGCCAAGAGCCCAUCUCCCAUGCCUCCACCCUCAGGCAACACCAUGUCACAGUACCAGGAACAGACCUCACAACCCAGAGACAAAUACCAAUGUAAGAAAAACGUUCAAGACUCCGUACUGCCAGACAAGAACCUGAGGAACUUGUAUAUGAACCAAUCGGCAAUCAUCAGGGAAAAAACCAGAAGGGAUCAUCAUCAGCUUCUCCCAGAGAGAACCAGUCCUAUCCGGGCCUCCAAGGUGCCGUCAGCGUUCCCCUACACCCCCCCUGCCUCAGCACACUCUCAGGCCUCUGUGCCCUGGAUAGUGGAUCAGCAGCCGCCUGGACCUUCAGGAGACAACUCGCUCACUGCUCUGCAGAUGGCCAAGUCCCUCAGCGAAGUUGACUUCUUCCCCCCUAUGCAGAGAGGCCCAUCUAUACUCAACCAUAGGCCAAAGUAUAGGAAUGGACCUUCUAUGCAUGGAGAUAGAGGCUACAGCUGGGAGAAAGAAGUCUCGGUCCUCCAAUGUGCACCAGAAACCGUGCGGGAGCUUCUCAGCGCUCUGGGUCUCCAGAAAUACACCCUGGGACUUAGCCUCAAUGGCUGGGAUGAUCUGGAUUACUUCAGUGGUAUCACUGAGGAGGAUUUACGCGCCGCAGGAGUGACAAACCCUUCACAUCGGCGCAGGAUCCUCGACAACCUGCCCAGAAACUGGAACUGAAAUACACAUAAGAAAUACUGCUGGUACGAAACCUCGUAGUCCGCUCAUUUAGAAACUGGAAUGACUGUUAUAACCAAGAUCUUAAAGGACAGAAAGACUGAUCAAAAAUCAAUCACAUCGGCUGGACUUUACCACACUGCUGUGGCCUUUUUAUUUACUGGAUUAAUACUGUAACCUUAGUUUGUCAAUACAGUAAAGGGAACAUGACGCAGAAAGUACUCAUUGCACAGUUGGCUUAUAGCCAUCUAUCCAUAUUGACACAUAAAGAAAGCUGUGGGUGGUAUGACAGGAAGCGUUGACACGUAUCUCGAGUUACUCACACAUAAACCAAUAUUGAUCAUGGCAUUGAUUUAAUGUGUAAUGUAUUUUCAAUGACUAUAAAAAUAUAGUCAGUCAAUUUUCAGUGUUCACUCAAGGCUAGUGUUUACCAUUCACCUUCAUCCCUUUUACUGUGUGCUUUACUUUACUCUGCUAUUAUUGAGCCUGGAUCCUGCCUUCUAAAAGCCCUCUAUUAAACCUAUGGAGCAUAACAUCAAUAUCUGUACAUAUCUACUGGAACAUUGUCUGUAAAGUUUGUUUACUGUGUCCUACUGUUGCUAUCAUGUCACUUAAUCGGUACCAAUGUCCACUGUGCAUGUUUUGUGCACCCCUUUUUUUUUUAAAGUAAAGUGUAUAAAGCAACUCUUGGCUGUCACUAAGCAAUCACAAGUUUUAUUUCAUGCUGUCAGGGGCUGGAAACAGAGAAACAAUUCAAAUAUGUUCCAAUUCAUUGCACUAAUGCUGCUUAUACUAUGUUGUUUAAUGUCACCUAGCUCUAUGGCGAAGCCUAUUUAAUGGUUUUGUUUUACAAUAAAAGCCAUGCAAUUA